UUUAAUGCCUUCUAUUCUCAAAUGCCUUGAGCAUAAACAUUCCUAUGUUCGUAGAAAUGCUAUUCUAGCUUUAUUUACAAUCUACAGUAUGUCUUCGUCGAUUUACAAUAAUAUUUUAAAAUAUUCAGAAAAUUUUGAAUUUCUUGUUCCUAAUGCGCCUGAAGUGAUUUCUCAGCUUUUGGAAUCUGAGCAGGAUGCUUCUUGCAAACGAAAUGCAUUUAUAAUGCUUCUUCAUGUUGAUCAACAACGCGCGCUUGAUUAUUUGUCAGUUUGUAUUGAUCAAGUCCAACACUUUGGUGAUAUUCUUCAACUGGUUAUUGUCGAGUUAAUUUAUAAGGUUUGUCAUAAUGAUCCUGCUGAGAGGAACCGCUUCAUUCGUUGUGUAUACAAUUUGCUUCAAUCCCAGUCUCCAUCUGUUCGUUAUGAGGCUGCUGGUACUUUGGUUACGUUAAGUUCUGCACCAGCUGCUAUCAAAGCGGCGGCCACAACUUAUAUUGAUUUAAUUGUAAAAGAAUCUGACAACAAUCUAAUUGUCCUUGACCGCUUAGUUGGCCUUCGUGAAGUAUUGCCAAAUGACAAAGUUCUCCAAGAAUUAGUUAUGGACAUUCUUCGUGUGCUUUCUACGACAGAUUAUGAAGUUCGACGCAAAAUUUUGCAACUUGCUUUGGAAUUAGUUUCAUCACGUAACGUUAAUGAGAUGGUUAUGUUUAUGAAAAAAGAAAUUGAUAAGACAAAUAAUGAUCAAUUGGAAGAUACUGGUCGUUAUAGACAAUUGCUUGUCCGAACUCUUCAUAGUGCUACAAUUAAAUUUCCUGAUGUUGCACAACAAAUCUUUCCUGUACUUGUGGAAUUUCUUUCAGAUCAAUCUGAAGCGGCAGCUAUGGAUGUUCUUUUGUUUAUUCGAGAGGCAAUACAACGAUUACCACAUUUACGACAACAUAUUCUUCAGUUACUUUUGGUUAAUUUACCUUUCAUUUUUCUUUUAUUUAACGUACUCAAACAAAAUUCUAUAUUAAUUUUUAGGAUGUGUUUCCAUCAAUUCGAAAUGCCAAUAUCUUCCGCUCUACUCUUUGGAUAUUGGGGAAUAUAGUG